UUAAUCGACUGGAAGGCCGCCUUUGUUUCCAUUUCUCCCUUUCCCCCCUCUUUCCUGUCGAAGAGUCCCUGCAUUUCCUCUCGGAUCCGCUCCAUUCUUCUUCCAAAUCCCCAAACUCCACCCUUUCUCCCUUCUGAUAGACCUCUUGUACUUCCAAUCGCCUUCCAAUCCCCUAAAUCGACCCCCAUUUCCACGUAAUCGAACCCCGGCGAGAGGCGGCAUCGGUCUCGGCUGAGGCGGAGGCGGAGGCGAAGAGGAGGAUGAGCACCAAGGGCAACUGGUCGCCGUUGGCUAGCGGCCGGUUCUUUACCUUCUUUCUGGUGGCGUCGUGGUACGCCUCCAACAUCGGGGUGCUCCUCCUCAACAAAUACCUUCUUAGCAACUACGGCUUCAGGUACCCCAUCUUCCUCACGAUGUGUCAUAUGGCGGCGUGUUCGUUACUCAGCUACGUCGCUAUCGCCUGGCUGAGGGUGGCGCCGAUGCAGACCGUGCGGUCGCGGCUGCAGCUGGUGAAGAUCGUGGCGCUCAGCCUCGUCUUCUGCAGCUCGGUUGUUAGUGGGAAUGUGUCCCUCAAGUACCUUCCGGUGUCGUUCAAUCAGGCGGUGGGAGCAACCACGCCCUUCUUCACCGCCGUGUUCGCAUAUAUUAUGACCGUGAAGAGAGAAUCCUGGAUCACCUACAUUACUCUUAUUCCAGUCGUCUCUGGUGUCGUCAUUGCCAGCGGGGGAGAACCAAGUUUCCAUUUGUUUGGCUUUCUCAUGUGCAUAGGUGCAACUGCUGCAAGAGCACUUAAGUCAGUGUUGCAAGGGAUAUUGUUGUCGUCUGAAGGGGAAAAACUAAAUUCUAUGAAUCUUCUCCUGUAUAUGGCUCCAAUAGCAGUUGUUUUAUUACUCCCUGCUGCUAUAAUCAUGGAGGAGAAUGUGGUUGGCAUCACAUUGGCACUUGCUAGAAAAGAUAUCAGAAUUUUAUGGUUCUUGGAAAUGCCAAAGGUGCCGUUGCUGUGGUUGUCUCAAUUUUAAUAUUCAGGAAUCCAGUAACAGUCACCGGGAUGCUUGGUUACACAGUCACAGUAGUUGGUGUUAUUCUUUACAGUGAAGUGAAGAAACGCAACAAGUGAUUCCUUUAAUAAUGACGAUCAGGUGGGUUUUUCUUUUUUUUUUUUGGUCCUUUCCCCCUUUCUCUCUCCCACAGCCAUCUCAUUUGCUUACUGAUGUCGGUGGUUGGUUAACUCAUAUGUGCAAUUCAUGUAGCAGCCCGCACAUGAUUCUUUGGCGCAAAACCAAACAGUAAGCUCUUAACAUUGAAGACUAGAUAGCGAGUAGGGUAAACAAAGUGCCAAUAACUAAUUGGCAUCUUCAUUAUGUGAGUUGCAUUCUUUUCUGAAUCAUUUUGGUAGAGGUUUUGAUAAAUAGACUCAAUUUUUAGGGAUCAUAUUCUUACUUCCGCUCAGUCUUUUAGAUUGAAUUUUGCUCGUAAGAGAUUGAUAAACCUGCUUUUUGUUGUAUUCAGUGUAAUAUGCAAAUAUUUCUGACAUACAUCGUAACAAAUUUAUAUUUAUAUUUGUUCAUUUUUCCAAAUGUCUUUUAA